UACUUUUAUUGACAAAAAGUUUCUUGAAUUGAUGGAUUCAAUUGCUGGAGAAUCCGCGAUGAAAAAACUUAGAGAUAAUAAUUAUGGUGAAUUACAAUAUCUUGUUAGAGAAUUUUGUGAACAGAUCAAGUUUCAGUUUACGGAAGAAUUAGAAAGAGAUCAAUGGGAAAUUGAUAUUACGUUUGAUUCUAUCAAAGCCAUGUUCGACCCAAUCAUUGAUAGAAUUAUUCGAAUGAUUCAAGCUCAACUUUAUAACGCUUUAACUUCUAGUUUUGGCAUAGCUCGAACUAGAAAAGCUCGUCGUUCUAUCCUUGCCAAUAAGUGUUCCGCCAUAUUUUUGGUUGGAGGAUUUAGUCAAUCAAAGUAUUUGCUAAAUAGAAUUAAAAAAGAGUUCACAGAUAGUGUCGAGAAUAUUUCUGUACCAACUCAACCUGCCGCUGCAAUAUGUAGGGGCGCAGCCAUGUAUGGCAUUAGCAUGAAUAAUGCUAAUGUUGAUCCAAAUUUAGCGACCGCGAAAUUUAUCAUCGGUACUCGAGUAUUGAAAUACACAUAUGGUGUUAGAGUUUCUGGUGUAUGGGCUGAAAGUGAUCCACCACACAGAAAACUUCGCAGCGGAAGAAUUCAUAGAUUUAGUCGUCUAGCAAAACGAGGUGUUGAAGUUAAAAUUGAUCAAGAAUUUACAGGAACGUAUUUACCAGUUGAACCAGAUAGUAGCAGUCUAGUUUUUUACAUUUUUAUUACUGAGAAUAUCGAUGGUAAAUACUGUGACGAAGAUGGAAUGAAAUUAUUGGGAUCGCUUAGAAUUGAUCUUCCUGAUCUUCAUCUUGGGACUGAACGACCAGUCCAAUUCUCUCUGAUGUUUGGUAAGAUGGAAAUUACUGCAUCUGCAAAAAAUAUGAUAAAUGGCCAAAGUUAUCAUUCUAAAUUUGAACUUUCUCUAAAAUAG